CCAGAGGCUACUCGAAGUCUCGAACCAUACGCGUCGUAACCCUCGGACAGUGACCCGGCUCUCCAGGACCCUAGCCAAUUCCUCCACCUUCCCCUCCCUCUUGAUUAAUUUCUUCUUCUUCUUCUUCUUCUUCUUCUUCUUCUUCCGUCUCGUUUUCUACUUCCGGUUGGUACCCUUUUCUCGGUUGGAUUCGUGGAAUCUGGAGGUCUUUGCACAGUAUUCGGAUCCCGUGAUUGAUCAAUCGAUCAUUUCUUCGAUUUCUGAUGUUUAGGUUUUUCAAUUCGUUGUGAUGACCUGAGAGUUUGAAUCUUUUGGGAUUUUUUAACGAUUUAUUGGUGUUUGUUUUUUGGGGUAGGAGGAGGUGGCGUGAUGAGGUGUCUCAGCUCUGUUAUUUUGUUUAUUUAUGGUGACAUAAGGGAAUUCUUUUUAUACUUUUCGUUGCUGAUUUUUGGUUUUGUUGGAGGAUUUGUUUAGUUUUUGAUGUUUUUGGAUGAUCGCAUGGCGACUCCUGGAAACAGUUCUGGCGAUUUUUGUUCGUUUUUAUUCUCAAGGAUUUUGUCGACUAGGGUUUUGAGAUCUGCCACUCUCUUCCGGUUUGUAUGUGGUGCGUCUUCUCAUUUCGGCGAGUAAUAGGAAGCCCCCUAAUGCGGUUUAUGAAUUAUCUGUCUGAAGGAGCUCAGUUGAUAUGGUUUCUGGGGGGCUGGGAAGCGGAAAUUUAGAAGCGUGGUUUCAGAACCUCAUGUUGUCUGCCGGUGGGGAAAAGUCAGGGGGGGAGGGAGCUGCUAUGGCUGGUUGGAAGGAUCUUCCCAUGGAGUUGUUGCUGAGGAUCAUUUCGCUUCUGGAUGAUCGGACGGUGAUUGUGGUUUCUGGUGUGUGUACUGGUUGGAGGGAUGCAUUGUGCUUUGGGCUUACAAAUCUCUCUCUGUCAUGGUGCACAAACAACAUGAACAGUCUUGUGCAGUCACUAGCCCCCAAGUUUACAAAGCUGCAGGUUCUUACUCUGCGGCAGGAUAGACCUCAACUUGAGGAUAUUGCUGUAGAGGCUGUUGCUAAUUACUGCCAUGAUUUGCGGGAUUUAGACCUUAGCAAAAGCUUUAGACUGACUGACUGCUCCUUGUAUGCUUUAGCCCAUGGAUGUCCACGUCUUACCAAACUCAAUAUCAGUGGGUGCUCUGCUUUCAGUGAUUCUGCCCUUGCAUAUCUGACUAGUUACUGUAGGAACUUGAAAAACUUAAAUCUUUGCGGAUGUGUGAGAGCUGCAACUGAUAGAGCUUUACAGGCUAUUGCGUAUAAUUGCAUUCAGUUGCAGACUUUGAAUUUGGGUUGGUGUGAGGAUAUCAGUGAUAAUGGAGUGACCAGUUUGGCAGCAGGAUGCCCUGAUCUCAGGGCCUUGGACUUAUGUGGCUGUGUCCUUAUUACAGUGAUGGAGGCAUCCAGCGUUUUCUGGUUCGUUUGCGUGGACGACCAAAGUCUGGUUACACUUGGAUCCAGCACGAGGAGAUGCCGUCGAUUGAUCCGGACUUGUUGGAGUAUUACCGGGGCUUUACCGAGCCGCUUUCGUCGAGAUCAACUUCUUUCCACUUGGGGAGAGUUGCUGCGGACACCAGUGCCAGAUGAAAGUGUUAUUGCAUUAGCAAACGGUUGUCCACGACUGAGAUCCUUGGGCUUGUAUUAUUGCCAGAACAUCACUGACAGGGCUAUGUAUUCACUGGCAAAUAGUCGUGUGAAGAGCAAGCGUGAGCUGCGGGGUCCUAUGCAAAACAGCAGCGAUGAGAAGGAAGGGCUUAUGAAACUCAACAUUAGUCAAUGCACAGCCUUAACGCCUCCUGCUGUUCAGGCUGUUUGUGACUCAUUCCCUGCACUCCAUACCUGUCCUGAAAGGCAUUCGCUUAUCAUCAGUGGGUGCCUCAACCUCACAUCUGUGCACUGUGCUUGUGCCCUCCAAGCCCAACGCCCGAGUAGGGUGGCUCUAUAUCCCCAUGCUUACUGAGCUGGUAUGACUUGAAAUGGCUUGAAAAAGAUUCAAAGUUUGAUCUUGAAAAACCACUUGUACAUAUAUGUUAAUAUAAUGUAUCAGAACUGUUCUUAACCAGAAAUUUCAGAAUUGUAGACUCUGCAAUGGAUCUUAACUGCUUUGCAUAUCCUAUGUUAUUUCUGAACCAUCCUUUAUGAAGUGUUUUUGAGUAUCAUUAGUCAAGU